AUGGGAGCUAAUUCCAAGUCUGAAGGCGAAUGGCGUGCCAUCUUGUCUCCAGAGCAGUUUAGAAUCCUUCGUCAGAAGGGAACAGAAGCGCCCAACACAGGGAGCUAUAACCACCAUGACGCCCCGGGCGUGUAUGGCUGUGCUGGCUGCGGAACACCACUAUACAAGAGCACCACGAAGUUCAACAGUGGCUGCGGAUGGCCCGCUUUCUUUGAUGCGAUCCCUGGUGCUGUCAGUCGGCAUGAAGAUCGGUCGAUGUUUAUGACGAGGACAGAGAUUACCUGUACCGCAUGCGGUGGUCACCUUGGGCAUGUGUUCAAGGGAGAAGGAUUCGACACGCCAAUCGACGAACGACACUGCGUAAACUCCGUCUCGCUGAAAUUUAAGGAGGAGUAA